AUGCCAACACUUGUUCAAUUAUUGAUAUCAACUUUAGUACUUUUCUCUUUUAUGCCCGUUUUAUCUCAGGUUAACCAGUUCUUGUAUGCAGGAUUCAAGGAUAUUGAUCCCAAAAUUCUAACCUUGAAUGGAUUUGCAGGGAUAGAGAAAAAUGGAAUAUUAAGAUUGACAAAUCACACAACCAAUGUAAUUGGUCAUGCUUUUUACUCACAGCCUUUUCAGCUGAAGAACUCAACAACUGCCAAAGCUUUCUCAUUUUCUUCAUCUUUUGCUCUUGCUGUUGUACCUGAGUAUCCUAAACUAGGUGGUCAUGGCAUGGCUUUCACAAUAGCUACUACUAAGGAUCUCAAAGGUUCACCUAUUCAGUAUCUUGGUCUUUUCAAUUCAAGUAAUGUUGGUAAUUUCUCUAACCAUGUUUUUGCUGUUGAGUUUGACACUGUCCUAGACUUUGGUUUUGAUGAUAUCAAUGAUAACCAUGUUGGAAUAGACAUCAAUGGUUUGAAAUCCAAUGCAUCUGUUACUGCUGGCUAUUACACUGAUGAUGAUUCAACAAAACAACAUGUUCUUAAUAUCAAAAAUGGGAAACCAAUUCUAGCUUGGGUUGAUUAUGAUUCUUUAUUGAAUCUUGUGAGUCUUACACUUUCUCAAACUUCAACCAAACCCAAGAAACCAACCUUGUCUUUUCAUGUUGAUCUAUCACCUAUUCUUCAUGAUACUAUGUAUGUUGGAUUUUCUGCUUCAACUGGUUUGCAGCUUGCUAGCUCUCAUCACAUCUUGGGUUGGAGCUUUAAAAUCAAUGGACAAGCACCACUACUUGAUUUGUCUUCACUCCCACAACUUCCGCAACCAAAGGAGAAAAACACUUCUCUGAUAACCGGUCUUUCGGUCACAGUUUCUGUUGUUGCAUUGUGUUCUAUAGCUAUAGGUAUUUACAUUUUCAGAAAAAUCAAGAAUGCUGAUGUGAUAGAACCAUGGGAGCUUGAAGUUGGGCCGCACAGAUACUCGUAUCAAGAGCUUCACAAAGCUACAAAAGGUUUCAAGGAGAAAGAGCUACUUGGGCAAGGUGGUUUUGGGAGAGUUUACAAAGGGACACUACCAAAUUCAAAUAUUCAAGUAGCUGUUAAGAGAGUUUCGCAUGAAUCAAAACAAGGACUAAGGGAAUUUGUGUCUGAAAUCGCCAGCAUAGGCCGACUUCGCCACAGGAACUUGGUUCAGUUACUCGGAUGGUGUCGACGCAAAGGCGACCUCCUACUUGUGUAUGACUUCAUGGCUAAUGGAAGCUUAGACAAGUACUUGUUUGAAAAGACAAAGAUUGUGUUAAGUUGGGAACAAAGGUUCAAGAUAAUUAAGGAUGUUGCUUCAGGUCUUUUGUAUCUACAUGAAGGCUAUGAGCACAUGGUAAUACACAGGGAUGUUAAGGCUAGCAAUGUUCUGUUAGAUUCUGAACUCAAUGGAAGAUUAGGUGAUUUUGGUUUGGCAAGAUUAUAUGAACAUGGUGCUAAUCCAGGGACAACAAAAGUGGUAGGAACCUUAGGCUAUUUAGCACCAGAGUUACCUAGAACAGGAAAAUCAUCUACAAGUUGUGAUGUUUUUGCAUUUGGUGCAUUUUUGCUUGAGGUUGCUUGUGGGAGAAGGCCUAUUGAGCCAAAGGCAUUACAAGAAGAGUUGGUGUUGGUGGAUUUGGUUUGGGAAAGGUACAAAGAAGGGAGAAUAGUUGAAGUUGUGGACAAGAAGUUGAAUGGAAAGUUUGAUGAAAGUGAGUUAAUGAUGGUAUUGAAAUUGGGAUUGAUAUGUUCAAAUGAUGAUCCUAUUAUAAGGCCUAGUAUGAGACAAGUAGUGAGGAUUUUGGAUGGAGAAGUUGAGUUGAAUGGUGACUUGAUGAGAAAGCCAGGAGGUAUUGAUCAAGAUGAGGGGUUUGAUGAAUUUUUGCACUCUCUUGCAUUUUCCUCAAAUGAUGUUAGGAGUUCAAGCUCUUAUCUUGGAAAUACAGACACUGAUACUUGUUAUAUCUCUUUUCCUAGUUCACCUCAAUCACUUCUCAACCCUAGAGGAGAAACAUGA